AUGUACUUCACCAAGAGCACCCUCGUGGCCGUCAUAGGCUUGUCCUCGACUUCCGCAGUCCUUGCUUCCGUUCCUCCAUACGGCCAGUGCGGUGGCAGGUACUACAAGGGCGAGAACAGCUGCACCGAGGGCUGGACCUGUGUCAAGUCCAACGACUGGUACAGCCAAUGCAUCAAUCCAACGAUUGGUACAGCCAGUGUAUUAACCCCAGUCUAUGGGGCAGCAACCCCGGUGGCUCUGCCGCUCCUACUGGAGCUCCUAUCCCUCCGUACAGCAAUGAGCCCAGGAAAGGAGGGCAAGGGUGCUUCUACUACUCUUCAAACUAGGGCCAACGGUGCCCAGUGCGACAUCGAUGCUCUGUUCAAGAAGAAGGGCAAGAAGUACGUCGGUACUAUUACCGACCCGGGUCUUCUGAACAAAGCUGCGGACAAGGCGGCUAUCAUCGCGAACUUUGGUGCCGUCACUCCCGAGAACUCCAUGAAGUGGGAUGCGACUGAGCCUUCUGAGGGUCGCUUCACUUUUGGCGGCGCUGACGCUGUUGUUAACUUCGCUAGCUCCAACGGCAAGCUCGUCCGCGGUCACACCACUGUCUGGCACUCUCAGCUUCCCGCCUGGGUUUCGCAGAUCAACGACAAGGCUAAGCUCGAGGCUGUUAUGGUUAACCACAUUAAGAAGGUUAUUGGUCACUACGCUGGCAAGGUCUACGCCUGGGAUGUUGUCAACGAGAUCCUGAACGAGCAGGGUGGUCUCCGAUCCAGCGUCUUUUACAACGUUCUUGGCGAGGGCUUCGUUGCUACCGCCUUUAAGGCUGCGCGUGAGGCUGACCCCAAGGCUAAGCUCUACAUCAACGACUACAACCUCGACACGCCCAACUACCCCAAGACCAAGGGCAUGAUUUCCAACGUCAAGAAGUGGAUCGCUGCCGGUGUCCCCAUUGACGGCAUUGGCUCUCAGACCCACUUGUCUGGCGUCUGGUCCGUCUCGCAGGUCCCCGCUGCCCUCGAGGCCCUCUGCGGCGCCGCCUCCGAGUGCGCCAUGACUGAGGUCGACGUCAAGGGCGGCUCGGCUGCCGACUACAAGACCGUCUUUUCCGCCUGCCUCAACGCCAAGAACUGUGUCGGCAUCACCGUCUGGGGCACCAGCGACGCUGACUCGUGGUUGGGCGCCAGCGCUUCUGCCCUCCUCUUCGACGGCAGCUACCAGCCCAAGCCUGCCUACAACGAGAUCUGCAAGCUUCUUGCUUAG